UGUCAGACUUUUACACCGACGUUCGCAAGUCUUAGCAGGUUAGAAAAUAUGAAUAUACUGCUCUUUUGCAUCAUAAGAUUGAACGUGCUGAUAAAAAUGUAAAUUAUGUCUGGAUCACGUGUGAAUCCUAAACUUUAAAAAAUACACGAUCGUGAUAUUGAGUACACGAGAUCAGCAGUAGUUUCAACAGAGAUACAAAGGGAUGCAUCUGUUUAGCUUUCUUUUGGUCUUUAUCUUGGGAUCAGUACAUCUCUACGGCGUUGUAGCGGUUAUUCAGACUUAUGAUGUUGAAGAAAUCAAAGAACGACACAGACGUUCCGUGUCGACUGAUAGACGGUCAGAAAUCAGGGACAUAUCCCCCGAGGACCGACCAUCAUGUCCCCCGGGACAGAUAUUUCCUUCAAACAGAGUCAACUCCACCCUAAGACUGAGAGAUUUGAGGGAAGAGAUGAGAAAAAUAGGGAUAGAUGCCUACAUCAUUCCGUCGGAAGAUGCUCAUCAGAGUGAGUACACGUCUCCGUACGAUCAGAGAAGGAAAUUUAUCUGUGGAUUAUCAGGAUCAGCGGGAUACGCAAUUGUGACUAUGGCAAAUGCUGCUCUUUGGACUGACGGCCGGUACUUCCUGCAGGCGGAAGCGGAAAUGGACUGUAACUGGAUUUUAAUGAAAAGAGGUGAAAAAGGUGUGCCGUCCUCUACAGAGUGGUUGAUAUCCGUUCUAGAGGGAAUAGAACACGCAACAGUUGGAUCUUACCCUUAUCUACUUGGCAGUCGCAGUUGGACCAAUUACGAAAAGGAACUCUCUAAAAAUAACAUUACUUUGGUCAAGACCAAUGAGGACCUGGUAGGAAACAUCUGGACUAGUGGGCGACCAUCUUUCCCAAAUUCUCCAAUUAACGCUCUGCCUUACAAAUUUGCAGGCCGACACUGGCAGGAGAAAAUGGCCGACAUGCACAUUUCGAUGAAGACAAAGGAGGCUGACGCAAUGGUUGUCACUGGACUUGACGAAACUGCUUGGCUACUUAACCUCCGAGCCUCAGAUAUUCCAUUCACACCUGUUUUCUUUUCCUAUGUUAUUGUCGAUCGUAAGAAGAACCAGACAAUAUUGUACAUAAAAAAUCACAAUACCAAACUAACCGCUAAUCCCACUGAGGAGGAAACGACUCAGAAACUGUACGAGCACCUAAAUACCGGAACAGAUGGUUCUUGUUCCGGUAAACCCGGAUAUUGUGUUGAGGUUAGAGAAUAUGACCCUGUAGCAGUGACAGACAAAGUGAGCUCCGUUGUCGAAUACAGUGAGAGAGUGUGGAUCUCGCCGAUCUGUAGUUAUGCUUUCUAUUCUCUCAUUCCUAAGGGAAAACUGCUUCAGGAAAACACAGCAAUAAGUGUACAAAAAGCGCGGAAAAAUCCAAUCGAGAGACUAGGAAUGAUUAAAUCGCACGUACGAGAUGCUGUUGCGUUGAUAUCAUUCGUUGCCAGACUGGAGAAAGAGGUUAAAGCAGGUGUGCGUUGGACAGAACUUUCCGCGGCUGACAAACUAACUGAAUACAGAGGAAAACAAAUGUACAAUCGCGGACUGAGUUUUGAAACAAUAUCAUCAAGUGGUUCAAACGGCGCAAUAAUUCAUUAUGCACCUUCCAACUUGACAGACAAGGAAAUUACAACAGAUGACGUUUAUCUUUUGGACUCAGGCGGACAGUAUUUAGAUGGAACAACAGAUGUGACUAGGACAUUUCAUUUUGGAUCUCCAACAGAUUUUCAGAAAGAAUGCUACACUCUUGUGUUGAAAGGAUAUAUUGAUCUUGCCAAUGUGAAAUUCAUGAAGAUGUCUUUUGGUCCCUAUGGUCGUGAACUCGAUAUAUUGACCCGUCGACAUCUGUGGAACUCUGGACUAGAUUACAGACACGGUACCGGACAUGGAAUAGGGAUGUACCUUGGUGUCCAUGAAGGUCCGGCUAGAAUUGGAAUGACUGGGAAGCAACCAUCGUAUGACCAUCCAAUAGAAGAAGGACAGUUCUUUUCGGAUGAACCUGGUUACUACGAAGAUGGAUCUUUUGGAAUGAGAGUAGAAAGCAUCAUGGAAGUAAAAAAGUUUAAUUUAAAGUACAAGUUCAGGAACUCGGUUUUUCUUGGAUUUGAAUUGGUUACCUUGGUCCCCCACGAGCCAAAUCUCAUCAAAUACGAGAUGCUGUCAAAGGACCAGAUUGAUUGGCUAAACACCUACCACAAGAAGGUACAGGAUACAAUCGGUCCUUUGCUUAUCAACACGAACAGAGAAGCCUACGAUUGGAUGGAACUACGAACAAGGAAGAUAACUUAUGCUGUUAGUGCAGCACCCAAAGAAAUCCUUUCUCUUUUGAUAAUACUUUUGAGCUUUACGUUAGUUUUUGUGUCCUAAUCAUCUUUUCCUAAUUGUAGUUGGAUUUUUGCUUCUGCGAAAAAUAAAUGAAUGUAGUUGUAUGCGAUGACAUGCGAUUCAGAAAUUUAGAAAAUAGCGGCCAUUUUAAUAUCAACUCAAUUGUGGCAUCAUUUUAAAAACGAAGACAUGAUGGAAUUAAAACUUAUUUUACAGUGUAUGAAAUCCAUGUUACAAUCAUAAUAACCGCCGUCCUUGGGUGUAGCAGAUUCAAGUUUGUUUGACAUUUUAUAAUAACUCAUGGGAAAAGAAAUCCCGAUACAUGUACCUAUAUUUGAUUUAAUCUCAUUUUGAAGAGGAGGUCACGAGGUUGUUUAAAGCCAUGGAGAGACAGUAGACAUUCUAGAUAAUAAUUUCUUUAGUCAAAAUAGAACGAAUGUCCUAAAUCUGUUACUUGUUUCCUUUAUAUAUCAUUUAAAAUGGCAGUUAAAAAAACAAGGUUCUGCAAUGUGUUAUAAACCGAAAAUCCCAAUAAAAUCGCCAUUACAACCUGUCCAAGAUAGUUGUUAUAAUUAUAAAACAUCAUUAUAAAUAAGAAUAUGUAUUUAAAAUUUCAAAAACACAAAUGCACUAUUCAUUUACUAGAUCUUGAUCUUUAAAGAGUUUAUUCUUUUUUUGUUUGACCAAAUUUUGUCUGAGCAUUACUAAUUCAGUGAACGUUGUUACAGCUUAUUACCUGAACAAGUCUCCUAACAUUUUAGUCACUGAAUGCCUUUUCCUUGUUAUCUGUUGUGUACUAUUUUAUUCUUAAGGAAACCAACACUCAUCAGCUUAUAUUCGCCGUUUCUUUCUUAGUUUAUAGUCGAUGACAGAAAUGUUAAUAAAUUGUAAAAGCAUUUUAAAUUGCAUUGAGCUUUGUAGAUGGUUUAGGUAUAUUUCAUUAAUUUGUAUUUGUGUGUUUUUAGUACAUGUAACAUUGACUUAAUUUGACACGAUUUAACAUUAUACUUAACGCUCAGUACAUAUGUUGUUCGUAGUGUUGUGGUUUCAAUUGAAUGAAUUGAAAUAUUGAACACAACUUUUUUUUUAUUAUAUAUGAAAAAAGUUUCAUUCAGUUGUAAUAUGUACAUCUAAUUAUUUUCACUUUCACAUUUGAACAUUUACUUUUCCAAAAAUUGAAUAAAACAUUUGUAAACGCUUGUUUUUACCUUUAAUAUUCUACAAACAUGUAAAUUAUCACAAUAAGAAAGUACAAUGUUGAUUCGGUAGCGCAGCAUCAAUGAAUAAAAAAUGCAAACUAUAUUG